CCUCCGAACUUCGCACUGUCGACCCCGAUUCAACGCGGCAAGCUUUGAGUAGCCCGCAUUCAUUUUCGCUGGAGUUUCCGUAAGUUGCAAUAAUGUUAGGCAGCGGCAAGUCACCGGCCACCAGUCCCAGGGAGCAGAGCAGGAAAGUGGCCGAGAAGACGACGGACUCCAUCAGGAGGCUCGGGCUCCUGGACAACGAGGACAUACGCACGAUGAUGCAGGGCUGCAACAUGGUGAAAGUUCGCUCCCCGAGGUGGCAGAAGAGCCGAAACCUGCGGCUGCUGGAGGACGGACUCACCGUGUGGUGCGAGUCCACCAAGAGCUCCCGCAAAGCCAAAGCCCAGCAGACGUUCGCAGUGACAGAGGUGGAGUGUGUGCGCGAAGGCUGCCAGUCCGAGGCGCUGAGGCGGCUGUCCGGGUCUGUGCCGGAUAACCGGUGCUUCACAGUGGUCUUCAGGGGAGCCAGGAAGAGCCUGGACCUGAUGUGCCCCUGUGAGGUUGAAGCCCAGCGCUGGGUGCGAGGGCUCCGCACGUUAAAGGAGCGAGUGGCCAACAUGACUCAGAAGGAGAAACUGGACCAUUGGAUCCGAGGCUACCUGAGGCGAGCGGAUCAGAACCAAGACGGCAAGAUGAGCUACGAUGAAGUCAAACGGCUGCUGCAGAUGAUCAACAUUGACCUGAGUGAGCAGUAUGCCCGCUGUUUAUUCAAGAGGUGUGACCGAUCCGGCGAUGGCCGUCUAGAUCAUAUAGAGAUAGAGGAGUUCUGCAGGGAGCUGCUGCGACGGCCCGAGCUGGAUGCCGUGUUCAGGCACUAUUCGAGUAAUGGUUGUGUGCUCUCCACUGCUGAGCUGCGCGACUUCCUGGGAGACCAAGGCGAGGACGCCUCGCUGAAUCAUGCUCAGAGCCUCAUACACACCUAUGAGCUCAAUGACUGGGCUCAGACGAACCUGUUCAUGACCCAGAAUGGUUUCACCAUGUACAUGCUGUCGCUGGAGAACGAUGUGUUUAACCCCGACCACGCCAGAGUCUAUCAAGACAUGAGCCGCCCCCUGGCUCACUACUUCAUCUCCUCGUCGCACAACACCUACCUUACCAAGGACCAAGUCACCAGCGCCAGCAGCACAGAGCCGUACAUCAGGGCUCUGAAUAAUGGCUGUCGCUGUGUGGAGCUGGACUGCUGGGAUGGAGAUAAAGGUGAACCUGUCAUCUACCACGGCCACACUCUCACCUCCAAAGUGCCCUUUAAGGAAGUAAUUGAAACCAUCGCCCAGUACGCCUUCAAGGCCUCCCCAUACCCUCUAAUUCUAUCCUUGGAGAACCACUGUUCUGUGGAGCAGCAGGCUGUGAUGGCCAGACACCUCCGCACCAUCCUCGGCAGCAAAUUGCUCACAAAGCCCCUUGGUGACAGCCCGCUGAAAGAUCUGCCAUCUCCCGAGGACCUGAAGGGGCGUAUUCUGGUAAAAGGGAAGAAGCAGAUUCCUCACCUUGGCCAGCUGGGCAAGACAGGCAGCUGUGCCAGCUUCUCCUCUAGCUCUGAAGACGAACUAGCGAGCAGCAAUAAGAACACACCCAAGAAGGAUCCAGCAAAGGUAUCUUGUAAACUGAGCCCUGAGCUGUCAGCUCUGGUGGUGUACUGCAGGAGCGUCCCCUUCCGUGGCUUUGAAAAUGCUUCUGAAAAACCACCAAAUGAAAUGUCCUCCUUCUCUGAAAGUGAAGCCCUCAGGCUCAUCAAAGACUCGGGAAAGUUUUUUGUAAGACACAACAGCAGGCAGCUGAGCCGGAUCUACCCCUCCGGUCAGCGCCUCCAAUCAUCCAACUAUGAUCCUCAGGAAAUGUGGAACGGUGGCUGCCAGAUGGUCGCUCUGAACUUCCAGACACCAGGGGAGCAGAUGGACCUGAACCAGGGUCGCUUCCUUCCCAACGGUCGCUGUGGAUACGUCCUCAAACCCAGCUUCCUGUGCAGCAACACGUGCAACUUUAACCCAGAGAUCACGGGAGGAGGCCCCGGGCACAUCCCCACCAAACUGACUAUAAGAAUAAUAUCCGCACAGCAGCUGCCAAAAAUCAACACAGAAAAGGCGAGCUCCAUUGUGGAUCCACAAGUGUGGGUGGAAAUUCAUGGGGUGGCUAUCGAUAAUACACGAGACAAAACACACCGCAUUGACAACAACGGUUUUAACCCACGGUGGGAAUGCACUCUAAGCUUCCAGCUGCAGGUCCCUGAUCUGGCCCUGGUGCGGUUCGUAGUGGAGGACCAUGACCACACGGCCAAAAAUGACUUUGUGGGGCAGUUCACUUUACCGUUUACAAGCCUUCGCACAGGUUAUCGACAUGUUCACUUAUUAAAGGCAGAUGGUUCCAGUCUGUCCCCCGCCACGCUCUUUAUCCAUGUCAAAGUGAGCCGCAAAGGAGUUCCCAUCAAAACUGUGUCCGAGCGUAUGGCCAUCGCCAAAGGCAUGGCAUGACGUUCAUCUGAAGCAGAUAGGAAGCUGCAUAUUCUGACAACAAAGGGCUUUGGAAAAAGAGCUCUGACUGUGAGGACAGACAGACUGAUGCUGCUGCUGCCAGCCGGUCUCCCGGUCCAGACCUCAAGUGGUCCAAUUUACACUGAGCCACUUCCCAAUGCAGGAAGAAAGAUGUUGUUUAUCAGAGAUGAAGAGGCAUGCCGGCUCUCAGCAAAUGAAUCGCCUCGAGCUGGAUAAUGAAUCCAUGAAACACUGUGGGAGUAUCUGGUCUUAUCAGUGCUUAUUGCUCUGGAAACAGGGCACUGAGGACUGUGCUUCAUGAAACACACUGAUAUGGGACUCUUUACAAAAAAGAAUUUAAAUAUUGUUAACUCUCAUACAGGACGGUGUCCCAUUUAAGUUGCUUAAAAGAUGCAUUUCAUCGUCAUCAUGUAUUUUUAAUUCUAGAAACUUUUUAACAUUUGAAUUUGGCUUUAACUUAUAGAAUGAGGAUAGUUUAAUAAAAGUAGCUCUUACUUAACGGAGGCUUUGAUAAGUGCUCUUAGAAGGAAUCUAAGCAUGACUAGCUGUGAUUAAAAAAUGAUAAAUAUUGUUUUACAAAUUAAUGUUUCAGUGCUAACUGUGAUGUAAUACAGAUGUAACACUGUGCCAGUGAUUGCCACAGGUUGUAUUGUGAAGGUUGAACAAAUGUUCUAAUAGUUAGUCUUACUUGAUUCUCCAGAUACUCUUGGCACUUUUAAUUUCUCUCAGGAGACAAAUGACAAUAUACAGUAUUUACACUUACCAACUAACGAAUGAACUUGAAAUAUAAAUUGUAUUAACUUGCAGAUUUAUGUAUGUUUACUUAUGCUCUUAAACAUUUUAAUUGUUGUAUUUGCUUCAGCGAUAUUUCACACACAAUCAUGUGUUUAGUCAAAUUGUGUUUGACUUCUGAAGAUAUUUGCAUGUUGCCUCUUUUCUAUUGACCACUGUGCAUUAUUACUUUUUUUGUUGCCAAUUCUUGUCUUUACUUUCUGAUCUUGUAAACUGUUGUUAAACACUAAUUGCUACAAUCAAAGACAACCAGCAAAUUACUGCAGGCUACAGUGAGUUGUUAAAUGCGACGAGGCUCCCUGAUGAUAAAGCGGUUCAGUAAUGAAGGGUGCUGCACGUGGAUUACUGUAAUAGCAGUAUAUAAGAUCAGGAUGGGUUUCAAGGUUUCAGUAAUAACUCUAGUGUGUACCAAAUGGUGAGUGAAGUACAACUUUGCAGUGUUAAAGUUUGUGGCCUACGUCAUGUGAAAGGCAGUUGUAUACAAGAGAAAAUACUGUUUUCAUAAAAGCACUAAUUACACAU